ACUAUGAGGUCACUUUGUGCUUUGAAGGCACUUUUGCAGGGAAGAGACACAGAGACUGGAAUCGAGUUGUUUGAGUUCUGAGCCUGUUGAAAGUUGUCAAAGGAACCACUGCUCUGCAGUCCUAAUAGGAUAAAAAAAAAAACAGGCUUAAAAGAGGGACAUUGAGACUCUCUUCUGUUACUUGCCUGGUGCUGAAGGAGAUGAAUGUAACCACAUCACCCAAGACUAAAAAUGAACAGGACUGCUUAAGAUAUGGUAAAACGGGCAGCUUUCAGUUGGAUGAUUUUAUAGCUGGAUGGGUAGGAGGAGCUGCAGGUGUUAUUGUGGGACAUCCUUUGGACACAGUAAAGACUCGUUUACAAGCUGGGCAAGGCUAUGGAAACACAUUUAACUGUAUCCGCACUAUAUACAAAAAUGAAGCUGUUACUGGUUUUUUUAAGGGAAUGUCUUUCCCACUAAUCAGCAUUGCUGCUUAUAAUUCAUUGGUAUUUGGUGUCUUCAGCAGUACCCAAAGGUUUAUUUGCCAACAUCGUUAUGGGAAACCUAACCAUCCUCCUGCACUUACAGAUAUAACUUUAGCAAGCAUGGUAACUGGGGCUUUCUCAGUAGGAAUUGGUUGCCCAGUUGACCUAGUAAAAAUAAGGCUACAGAUGCAGACACAGACUUUUCCCAAGGCCAACCUGGAAAUGAAGCACAAAGCAACUGGCAUUUCAGUACAGGCUGCCUACCGAGGUCCAAUUCACUGUGUUGCUACCAUUCUUCAGCAGGAAGGUUUGCCAGGCCUCUUUCGAGGUACGACUGCCAUGCUUCUGAGGGACGUCCCAGGAUACUGCCUCUACUUUAUCCCUUACGCAUUGGUUUCUGUCUGGAUCACUUCAGAAGAAUGUCUUUCUCCCACUCCUUUUGCAGCGUGGAUGGCUGGUGGCAUUGCAGGAAUCAUAUCUUGGGGAACAGCAACUCCUAUGGAUGUUGUGAAAUGCCGUCUCCAAGCAGAUGGAGUUUACUUAAACAAAUACAAAGGAGUCAUUGACUGUAUCUAUCAAAGUUACAACACUGAAGGUCUAAAAGUCUUUUUCAGAGGUCUUACAGUGAAUACAGUGCGAGGAUUCCCUGUAAGUGCUGCCACAUUCCUUGGAUAUGAACUUUCACUCAAAGCCUUAAGAAAAGAAGCAGAGACAAAUCCUUGAAUUCCAGACAGAAUCAAUCUUUAAGGAAUGAAGUGACUGAUUAUACAAGCAGGAAGAGUCGAAAUGGAGGUUCCAAAUUAAAGGAAAUAAUUCUAAGAAGAGAACAAAUUCCAAAGAUACAUCAGCCUCAAAUCCAAAUUCAAAAAUUUUCAAAAAUAAAAGCAGGGGGAGGAGCAAUGCUGAAGAAGAAAGUAUUAUUGAAGAAGAAGGACUGGAAAAAAUAUAGAAAGAAAGGAAGAAUGGAAGAUUAAUUUCUUUUGGGAAGGAUCUUAGUAAUAAAUCUGAAAAGCUUACUGAAAUUAGUAUCUUUUAAGUUUAAGUAAAAAUGUUUAACUAAAAAUGGAUAGCUUUUUAAAAGUUAUCGAGGUAUUAAAACGGUUAACUUUAACGUUAAUGGAUAGCUUCCUGAAAGUUUUGAAAUUUAUAUUUUGAAGAAUGAACUCAAGAGUUAGAAAUAAUUUAACUCAAUGGAUUAACAGUAUCUUUAAGGUUAUAUUCUGAAGAAUGUUUUAUUGAAGUAAAAAGGUUUAAUUAAAAUUGGAUAGCUUUUUAAAACUUACUGAAGUAUUAAAAUGGUUAAUUUAAAAUUGAAUGGAUAGCCUUUUAAAAAAGUUUUGAAACUUAUAUUUUGAAGAAUGUCUUAUUGAGGUAUUAAGAGAUUUUAAAAUGUUUAACCUAAAAUAAUAAUAUUUUUUUUAAAAAAAGACAUGCUUUAAAGAAAGUUUUAAAAUGUUUAAUUUAGAAUUUUACAAGGGAGUAAUGUUGAAUAAACAGAAAUUGGCAAGUGGUUUAUGAAUGACCAAAGAGGAUAAAUGUUUAAUUUAGAAUUUUAUUAGGGAGUAAUGCUGAAAAAGAAGGUAUGGAAAGGAUUUUAGUAACAAAUGUGAAAUGUGAUAAGAGAAUUUAUAAAGGGGAGGUUAAUGAAUAAUUUUUAAAAGAGGAGUUAAAGAGUGUGAGGGAGUUUUGAAUCUUGUAGUAAGUUAGCAUAUUUUAGCUUAUGCUUGUUUAAUGUUAUACCCUGUUUUUGCUCUGGGAAGUCCAGGGGG